AUAAGCACAGCAGAACAAAAACUUUAAUACAUAAUCGGAAUCUCUCUCACUCUUUUAUUCUCUUGCCUCUAACUUUUGCCAUUGUUGGUCGAAAAAGCUAAAUCCUUUUUUCAGCAAAUCUAUUACACAGGUGGUUUGGUUUUGCUUAAGCCAAGAUUCGAUUUUUUUUUUUUACCGAAAUUGGCAUUGCCUUGAGACUUUAUCUUCAAUUGAGCUAAAAUCAAGAGUGCCCAUUUCCUGAUUUGGAUCAUCAGUGUGGAAAAACCUAACCUUUCCUCUUAGGAUUGUGAGCCUCUAGCUUUCCACAAAUGGGGUUUUGAUCAGAUGGGGAGACUAUGUCCUACUUCAAGAUUGGGACUUUAUUAGAAUCUUACAUCUCAUGAGCACAAGUAUUUGGUUUCUGAUAUGACUCCUCCUUGGUACAAGAGUGUAUCCUCUGUUUUUGGUCUCAGAGGGUUACUUUUCUUUAUACUCGCUGUUGUAGCUCUAGUUACCGUUUUAGCACCACUUACAUCCACGUCAUACGAUGCUUCUACUACUUCUUCAACGCUAGUUCCCAACGUUUAUAGUAACUAUAGGAGGAUAAAAGAGCAAGCUGCUGUUGAUUAUCUUGAUCUGAGGUCUCUCUCUUUAGGAACUAGUCUUAAAGAGUUUCCUCUCUGUGGUAAAGAAAGAGAGAGCUACGUGCCUUGUUAUAACGUGACAGGGAAUUUACUUGCUGGGCUUCAAGAAGGUGAUGAGUUGGAUCGGCAUUGCGAGUUUGAGAGAGAGAAUGAGAGAUGUGUAGUUCGUCCUCCGAGAGAGUAUAAGAUACCACUUAGGUGGCCACUUGGUAGAGAUAUUAUAUGGAGUGGGAACGUUAAGAUAACUAAAGAUCAGUUGCUUUCUUCAGGAACCGUUACAACGAGGUUAAUGUUGCUUGAAGAGAAUCAGAUAACUUUUCACUCGGAAGAUGGUUUGAUCUUUGAUGGGGUUAAAGACUAUGCUCGUCAAAUUGCUGAGAUGAUAGGGUUAGGAAGUGAUACUGAGUUUGCUCAAGCGGGUAUACGGACAGUGUUGGACAUUGGUUGUGGAUUUGGAAGCUUUGGUGCACAUCUAGUGUCUUUGAACUUGAUGCCUAUAUGUAUAGCAGAGUAUGAGGCAACAGGGAGUCAAGUCCAGUUAGCUUUAGAGAGAGGUCUUCCUGCAAUGAUUGGCAACUUCUUUUCAAAACAGCUUCCUUAUCCAGCUUUGUCUUUUGACAUGGUCCAUUGUGCUCAAUGUGGCACUACUUGGGACAUUAAAGAUGCAAUGCUACUUCUGGAAGUGGAUCGUGUUCUGAAACCAGGAGGGUACUUUGUUUUGACUUCUCCAACUAACAAAGCACAGGGAAACUUGCCAGACACGAAGAAGACAAGCAUCUCAACAAGGGUUAAUGAGUUGUCUAAGAAAAUCUGCUGGAGUUUAACAGGGCAGCAGGAUGAGACUUUCCUUUGGCAGAAAACUACAAAUUCAAAUUGUUAUUCGUCUCGGUCACAAGCUUCUAUACCUCUUUGCAAAGAUGGAGAUAGUGUUCCUUAUUACCACCCAUUGGUUCCAUGUAUAAGCGGAACCACUAGUAAACGUUGGAUCCCUAUACAGAACAGAUCUUCUGUUUCAUUAACUACCUCAGCUGAGCUUGAGAUCCAUGGAAAGUGUCUCUUCCUCGUACUCAUUCAUUGUUCAGUUUCACUUGGUACUUAUAUUUUCUCAAUGUUUUCAGGUUUAAAACCUGAAGAGUUCUUAGAGGAUACACAGAUAUGGAUUUCAGCACUUAAAAACUACUGGUCUUUACUUACACCUUUGAUAUUCUCUGACCACCCAAAGAGACCCGGUGAUGAAGACCCUCUCCCUCCUUUCAACAUGAUACGCAAUGUGAUGGACAUGAAUGCUCGUUUUGGUAACUUAAACUCUGCUUUACUCGACCAAGGAAAGUCUGCUUGGGUGAUGAACGUUGUCCCUGUCAAUGCACCUAACACUCUUCCUAUUAUACUUGACCGUGGCUUUGCCGGUGUUCUACAUGAUUGGUGUGAACCAUUCCCAACGUAUCCACGAACAUAUGACAUGCUUCAUGCUAAUGAACUUCUCACGCUUCUUAGCUCAGAACGGUGUAGCUUAAUGGACUUGUUCUUGGAGAUGGAUAGGAUUCUUCGCCCUGAGGGAUGGGUUGUAAUAAGCGACAAGGUGGGAGUAAUAGAGAUGGCACGUGCACUGGCAACAAGAGUGCGUUGGGAAGCACGAGUUAUUGAUCUUCAAGACGGAAGCGACCAAAGACUUCUUGUCUGUCAAAAACCAUUUCUAAAAAAGUAA